AACCACACAGAUGCGGUUAAUUUUACGGAUUGUCCCACAAAACUCAUUUUUAAUUAUAAUUGACUAUCAUUAUAAGUGCAAGCUGGCCCGUCACAAAAUGGGGAAUGACAUUUUUGCGCAAACUCCUCAACAUGGGUAUCAAAUAAAAGGAUUUGACUAAUAAACGUGAACGUGGUAAAAUCCAACCAUUAACUUAAAAUGAAUUGCUGACUGUAGGGAUAGACUUAAACAUAUGUUUGUAUUUUACCUGUUACAAUAUUACAAUGGUUACAAAAUUCCUUUAAAAUUGUUUUUUCAACUUUCGGGAAACAGCAAUUUCUGUUUGUCAGUGUAAAACAGUAUUUUUCCUUUCGCUCAAUACUAUGUGUUUUUUUAUUUUAUUUAUAGGUUGCGGUAGUUCACUUUCAAUUAAUUUAUGUUAUAAUUACAAUAAAUGUGUUUCGUCUUGAGUGGGCGAUAACUAUCUGAUCUGCCCCGUUCUUGACCUGUGUUCUUUGUGCCAGUGUCCUUACCUUGACUCACCUUGACUGACGUGAGUUUCCGAGACCAAAAUCCCCGUAUAAAAAAUAUUGCCAUCUCUGCCUUGUCGAAGACAAUGACAGAGAUGACGAUAUGUUUUAUACAGAGAUUUUGGUCUCAGAAACCGAACCGAUCACGCGAGUCUCAAGUCCUUCAUAUCAGAUGGUCAUUCACGGGCAGUGAGCGACUUGCUCGCGACCCUGUCGGGAAUGUAAGGCUCGAUCACAGUAACUCGAUCUCCCGAUCGGCGCAUGUCUAUAAUGACAUUGACAUGUUACUUUAACGAUUUUUAUUUUGUUGAUGGUUGGGUACAUUGUAUUGAUUAAUGUACAUCUGUAUAUUUGGAGACCAUUUUCUCGUAUCAUCGUAAACAUAAAGAAUGGCUACUUUUCGUAAAGAUAAAAAAGAAGAAGACGAUGGUGGAACGAACAUGUUUCAAAUGUUGGAUAAAACUAAUAUUUUACAAGAAGUUCGAUACUUUAACUCGAAUCAAGUGGAUGCUGAGAAAUGUAUCCAGAUAUUGACUAAGACCUUAGUCAUGUUAAACCAAGGGAUACAUCUUACAACCGAAGAGGCUACAUCCACUUUUUUUGCUAUAACAAAAUUGUUUCAAUCAGAAGAUGUGAUGAUGCGCAGAUUGGUAUAUUUGAGUAUAAGAGAACUAAGUACUUUAGCUCAAGAUGUAAUUGUUGUUACCUCUUCUUUAACAAAGGAUAUGGUUGGAAAAGUAAUCUUAUUCCGAGCUGCGGCAAUAAGAACUCUGUGCAGCAUUACCGACAAGUCAAUGUUGCAAAGUAUUGAGAGAUACAUUAAACAGGCUAUAGUUGAUAGAAAUCCAGCUAUAAGUUCAGCUGCUCUGGUUUCUGCUCUGCACUUGUCUACAUCUACAUCAGAUGUGUCUCAGAGAUGGGUGAAUGAAGCUCUGGAAGUCAUGAACUCUGCCAAUGACAUGGUACCAUAUCAUGCAUUUGGUGUAAUUUCUGCCUCAAGAAAAAAUGACCGUUUAUUCAUGGUGAAAUUGGUAACAAAGUUGUUGCCAUCUGCACUUUUUUCUCCAUCAUAUUAUACAGUUUGUCUUCUUAUUCGUCAUGUUGCUAAACUAGCUGAGGAUGAAACUGAGGAUUCAGGACCUUAUAUACAUUUUAUAGAAUCUUGUUUAUGUAGCAAAUCAGACAUGGUUAUAUAUGAAGCAGCAUCUGCUAUUGUGAGCUUAAGCAAAAAUAUAAGAGAUCUUACUGAAGUUUGUACUGUAUUACAAGUCUUUUGUGCCUCUUCACAAGCAACUGUGAGGUAUGUGGGUGCACAGACUCUAGCAAGACUUAUUGCAAAACAUCCAAAAGCUGUGAUUAUUUGUUCAAUUGACCUUGAACAACUGAUUCAUGACCCUAACCACACUGUCGCAAUUCUUGCUAUUACAACUCUGCUAACAACCUGUAAUGAGAGUUCUGUUGAGCGACUAAUGAAAAAAGUCUCAAGUUUCAUGACAGAAAUAUCAGAUGGAUUGGAAAUUUUGGUAUUUCAGGCUAUUGACAGCAUUUGUUCUAAAUAUCCCCGGAAACAAAAAUUCCUUGUAUCAUAUUUGUCUGGCAUGCUUCAAGAGACCAAUGAUAAGGUAUUCAAAACGGCCAUUGCAAAUGCUAUCAUUGAACUGGUUGAGAUAUAUCCAGAUGCGAAGGACACAGGCCUUGAUCAUCUAUGUGAGUUUAUUGAAUAUUCUAAUGAAACAUCUCUUGCAGUGCGUAUGUUACAUGUUAUAGGAAGUGAGGGUGCGAAGGUUCGACAACCUUCAAAAUAUAUUAGAUUUAUUUAUAACAGAAUUCUUUUGGAUUCCGGAGCAGUAAGAGCUGCCGCUGUUUCUGCACUUGCUCGAUUCGGAGCAUCAUGUGCUGAUCUUCUUCCCAGUAUAAAAGUAAUACUUGAGAGAUGCCAGACGGAUGAUGAUGGCGAAGUUCGUGAUCGAGCAGUUUUCUAUAGUACCAUUUUAGAUACUGGAAAUCAAGAACUUAUCAAUAACUACAUUGCAAAUGUGCCAAAUAUUGAUUUUGAGUUAUUAGCAAAACAACUGGAAAAUCAUUUAAAUACACAUCCAGAAGAGCCAUUCAACAUGGACACAAUUCCAAUUGUAGAAAAUAUUAAAGAUAACAAGAAAGAAUCACCACAAAUUGAACCAUGUCAGAUUCUUUCUUUGGAAGAGCAAUAUGCAGAACAACUGAAGGUGAUUCCAUGCAUUGAGAAAUUUGGACCAAUAUUUAAAACUUGUGAACCAAUUGAACUGACAGAACCAGACACGGAGUAUCAAGUAAAAUGCAUAAAGCAUGUUUACGCCAAACAUUUGAUUCUACAAUUUGAAUGUCUUAAUACACUAUCUUAUCAACUACUUGGAAAAGUUCACAUAUGUUUAGAUGUUCUGCCUGAAUAUAAUCUUGUUUGUGAGGUACCAUGUGAAAGUAUACCUUAUAAAGGAAAAGGAAAUAUAUUUUGUGUAUUGGAAUUUCCUACAAAUACAUUAAACUCUGUAGGACGAUUUGGAGCAGUUCUUGAGUUUACAGUGUAUGAUUGUGAACCAGCAACUGGGAAGCCUUACUUAGGAGAUUUUUAUAUAGAUACAUAUCCUUUGGAAGAUAUAGAAUUUGGAUGUUCUGAACAAUUUAAAAUUCAACCAGCAUCUGAUGACUGGGACAAUUCUUGGGAGAGUGCAGAAUCACUAAAAGAAGUAAUGGAUACUUUUGUCAUGAAUAAGUUUAAUGUUACAGAAGUUGCAAAGGCUAUGUGCAAGCAUUUAGGUUUACCGGAAUCUUGUGCAAAGGGGGCUACUAUCAAGAAAAUCUGUGGUUUAGGAACUUGGCGUAAAGGCAUUCCAGUAUGGUUUGUGGCUAAAAUUAUACCAGCUUCAGCAGGUGCUGCCAUGCAACUAACUGUUAGAUGCCCCAAUGAGGCUGUAGCUUCACUUUUACUGGCUGCUAUUGAAUAAUUUAAGAAACAAGUAUAUUCCUGUGUCAAAUCAUAAAUUUUAUUUAAGUUAAUUUAUUGUUAAA